CGAAUCGAAUGCGGAAUUAUUGUAGCAAUGCAACCACAGCCCAGUUUCGUUCAAUUCUCAAAGCACAACUCGACGAGAUAAAAGCAGCUGGCACGUACAAAAGUGAACGCGUCAUAACGUCGCCCCAAAACACGGAAAUCCAUGUGCAAGGAUCUCCCAAGAAAAUUCUCAACUUUUGUGCAAACAAUUAUUUGGGAUUGUCGUCGCAUCCGGAGGUAAUUGGAGCAGCGAAGAAAGCUUUGGAUAACUAUGGCGCUGGAUUGAGCUCCGUGCGGUUUAUUUGCGGAACACAAACUAUUCACAAAGAUUUGGAAGAUAAAUUGUCAUUUUUCCAUGGAAGAGAUGACACGAUUUUGUAUGCGAGUUGCUUUGAUGCGAACGCCGGGUUGUUUGAAACGAUUUUAGGACCUGAAGAUGCCGUUUUGAGCGAUGAGUUGAAUCAUGCGUCGAUUAUUGAUGGAAUUCGAUUGUGCAAAGCGAAGAAAGUUAGAUAUACUCAUAGAGACAUGAAAGAUUUGGAGGAAAAACUAAAAUCAACAGAUGCACGAAUGAAAUUGAUCGUAACUGACGGUGUAUUUUCCAUGGAUGGCAAUAUCGCUCCUUUACCACAAAUUAUCGAAUUGGCUGUCAAAUACGGAGCAUUGACCUUUUUGGAUGAAUGUCAUGCGACAGGAUUCUUCGGAAAAACUGGAAAAGGAACUGAAGAGUAUUAUGGGUUACAAGGAAAGGUCGAUAUCAUUAAUUCUACUCUUGGCAAAGCUCUUGGAGGAGCUGCGGGCGGUUAUACAACGGGCUCUCAAGAACUCAUCGACCUCUUACGAAACAAAUCUCGUCCAUAUCUCUUCUCAAACUCCCUUCCGCCGAGUGUUGUAGCUGCGGGAUCGGCUGCCAUCGACAUUCUUCAAAACUCCAACAAGCUAAGUGCAAAAGUUCAAUCCAAUACGGAACAUUUUCGCAAUACCAUGACAAAAGCAGGCUUCAAAAUUGCCGGUAUGAAUCAUCCAAUUUGCCCCGUGAUGCUCGGAGAUGCUAAACUUGCGACAAAAUUCGCUGACGAGAUGUUGAAACGAGGCAUUUACGUCAUUGGCUUCAGUUAUCCCGUCGUUCCGAAAGGCAAGGCACGAAUUCGCGUACAAAUUUCCGCAGCGCAUUCGACGGAAGACAUCGAUCGUGCUACUAAUGAAUUUAUCACGGUAGGACGGAAGCUAAAUGUGAUUCCCUAAAAGAAUUUCUUGAAUGAAGAACUGCUUGCCAUAUAAUAAAAUAAACGUAC